AGCGAGCGGCGCCCACCGCAGCCACUUCCCGGAGCAGAGUCCGCUCCGUCCGCCAGACCUGCGCCACCGCCGGCAGCGCCCGGGGCAGCCAUGCAGGAUCCCAGGGAAGACACUGAGUGGAAUGACACACUGAGGCGUUUUGGGAUUCUUCCUCCCAAAGGAAAAGUGGAAGAUGAAGAGGAGGAAAUGGCUUUGUACUUGCAGAGAGAAGCAGAAGUGAAACCCUGUGAGAGGAUGAAUCUUGAAGAAUUAGAGGAAGCUGAAGAUGGCUUUGAUGAGGCUGAUAGGAAAGCUGUUGAAAUGUACAGGCAGCAGCGUGUGGAGGAAUGGAAAUGUCUCCAGAGGAGGCAGAAGCAUGGGGAGCUAAGAGAGAUUUGUGGAGAGCAGUAUGUCCAGGAAGUCACAAAGGCUCCAGAGGAUGCUUGGGUUGUAAUUCAUCUUUAUCAGCCAAGUGUCCCCAUGUGUUUACUGGUUAAUGAGCACCUCAGCCUGCUAGCCAGAAAGUUUCCAGAGGCCAAGUUCCUCAAAGCCCUUGCAAACAGCUGCAUUCAGAAUUACCAGGACAGAUGUUUGCCUACAAUACUGGUAUACAAAACUGGUGAACUGAAAGGCAGGUUCGUUGGAGCAGCUGAGUGUGGGGGAAGAGAUCUCAAAGUGGAAGAGCUUGAAUGGAAACUGGCAGAAGUAGGAGCACUAGAAACAGACUUGGAAGAACCUCCCAGAAAGGACAUUGUGAAUAUGAUGACAUUAUCAGUGCAGAACAUUUCUGCUCAUGAAGACAGCAGUACAAAAAGCUGUGACGUGAGGAAACCACAUAUUGCUUGAAGAAACUUUAAUGAAGAUCAUCUGUUCUUACAA